UAAAUAGUUAGAUUUCCUCGUUGACGCAUACACAGUCCUGACCAUUAGGAUGUAAUGAUUUACAUCGAUACAUCCUCGUCGAGAUUAAAAGCAAUAAAAAGGAAAUGGAAGGAAACGAGGGGUGGCGAUACAAAGCGCAUAUUGACAUUGUGUCAGAAUCUAACAGCAUGAAUCGAAGCUCGAAUGACAGCGGCAUCUCCUGUUGCAAUUCUCGAACGAGGCUGCUGCAGAACGGGAUGGAGUCAGGGGAGCCCAUGGAGAGUGAAGCUUACCACAGGCCAUGGAGAAGCUUUUUCUCAAGCUACAGGCUGAGAGAUGUCUUUACAUGGCACUUACUCAAGGUGAUAGCCAUGGGUCAGGCUCUGUCCAUGUUGAUAUGUGGGACAGCGGUCACCUGUCAGUACCUGGCUUACAGAGAAGUGAACACGCCAAUGUUACAGAGCUUUUUAAAUUAUGCACUUCUCUUCCUGACCUAUACCAUCACACUGGCCUUCAGGAAAGGUGAUGAAAAUAUUUUGCAGAUUUUAAAGGCAAAGUGGUGGAAGUAUUUAUUUUUGGGGCUUGCUGACGUUGAGGCAAAUUACACUGUAGUGAUGGCGUACCAGUUCACAACACUGACAAGCAUACAGCUGCUGGAUUGCUUUGUGAUCCCUGUGCUGAUGGUGCUAUCCUGGAUCUUCCUGAAGACCCGAUACAAGGUGGUGCACUAUGUGGCAGUGGGCGUGUGUCUCCUGGGGGUGGGGGCUAUGGUUGGGGCUGACCUACUUUCAGGAAGAGACCAGGGUUCCACACGCAGUGUUCUGCUGGGUGACGGGCUCGUGCUCCUCAGCGCGGCCCUGUAUGCUCUCUCCAAUGUGUGUCAGGAGUACACGGUGAAGAACCUGAGCAGCAUAGAGUUCCUGGGCAUGGUGGGGCUGUUCGGCACCCUAUUCAGUGGGAUUCAGCUAGCAGUCUUGGAGCACAAAGCUAUAGCUAUGAUAAAGUGGGAUUGGGCUGUUGUCCUGCUCUUCACCGUCUAUGGCCUCUGCAUGUUCGCCCUCUACAGCUUAAUGCCUAUGGUCAUAAAGUUGACCAGUGCCACGGCAGUCAACCUGUCCCUGCUGACCGCGGACCUUUUCAGCCUCUUCUGCGGGAUCUACCUUUUUCACUACAGUUUCUCUGGUCUGUACAUCGUGUCAUUCGUGGUCAUCACCGCGGGCUUCGUCAUAUUCAACGCCGUGCCCACGUUGACCCCCGUCCCCGCGUCUGGUCCCAGCGAGGGAGAGCCGGAGAGCCCCUCGGUUGAGGAGGACGCUGUGAGCCAUGGAGCUAAACUGGACGUUCCCUCUGAGAACGACGAGCAGGAAGGAGGGUCAGGGAGCAAAUGCACGGAGAUGCAGUGGAGUCAGAGUGAGCAGACGGUAUGCACUAUAGAAAAGAGCACCAGGAUGUAAUGGCCUGAAUACCAAGGAUAUUUAUUUUCCAUUUAGCAUGUGCAUUUGUAUACCAGACCCUUGCAUAAUGCACUUUUAGUGUAAUCUGAGCGACCAUGUACAUUCUUGAACAUUCCUUUCCACCAGCACUGUAUUCAUGUUUUUUGUAACAAGGAAGAACAAGCAUAACCUAUAUAUGUAUAUAUUUGAGACACAAAUGUGUGUCCCUGGCGCGUAGCUUCCGUUUUCUUGAAUACUACUGUAAGUGACCUAAGCUACAUAGCUGAAAAGAAUUGUUUUGUAUUCUCAAGAUGAUUGUUAGUCAAUAGUUUAAAUCAAGUAAAUGUUUUUGUGCAUUUAAAAGAUUGCACUAGAAUGUACCUGAUCUCAAAGCUGGCAUAAUCCUUCAUUUAUUUGCAAUUUUUCUUUAUUGUAUCUUAAUCACAAUUCUUCCUAUUUGGAAUGCCCUGCUGCAAUUAUAGUGCCAUCUUAACAACAAUGAACAACAUGCUGUGUUCAGGAGGGUGCAGACAUGACCUUAGAGUAGACCUGUGAGGAAGCGGUGAUUGGUCAAGACAUGAGGAAGUCCUCCCUCCCUGAGCAACAUGAGGGCCUCUGGUAUGAGCAGAAUUUGAUCUGACUGUACAGUGCUGUCUUCAGCUGUAUCUGCCCCUUGUCAGCCAAUUCCCAGUCAUAUUUAUACAUUUGAAGGAACUUCUUUUUGCUGUAUUAUGGGCCAGUUUUUUGGAGUGAGAUUAGUGACAGUAUCAUUUGCUAAUAUUUUAUAAUUAUUUGCUGUGAGUCCCACUCACAAAUGUAUAACAUGACUGGUAAAUGUGUAGAACACUGCAAAUAUAAAACACUUCACAAAUAUGAAUAUGAAGUAACAUUAUAUGGAAUGUUUGCAAAUGUGCAACUCUGUUCACUAUCUGUGUGCAAAUCUGAACAUAUAUCAUUCAUGAGAGGCAUCAAUUGUAAAGCGCUUUGGAUAAAAGCGCUAUAUAAAUGCAGUCCAUUUACCAUUUACCAUGAAUAAGUGCAUAACUUGCGGAUCAUGUCCAAUCACUAUUUGUGAAUCAAAAUUGUGUUCCUGUGCAGUCCUUCCUCCAAAUAUUUAGCAGUGUUAAGCUCCUGUCAAAGAAAAAUCACAACUGCGUAAGUGGAGUUUAGCUGACUGAAGCAAAUGGAUUAAUUGCCUGAGAAACCAAUUACCUCACACUGCAAACGACUCUCUAUGUCUGAUUAUGUUUGCCAACUGACAUACACAUUUGCCGAUCUCACUCUUGAAUAUUUGCAAAUAUUUUUUGUAUUUUUACUUUGUGAAAGGUUUUACUUAUUAACAAUUUGGUGUUACAUUUUUGAAUGGUAUGCUGUAUAUUUGAAAAUAAUAUUGCCACUAAUGUCACUAUUUUCCUCUUCUCAGUCAUUAUGUACUGUAAAGUAGUCCUCCAGGUUUGAUCUAACGUCUAAUCUGAGAAGGGUUUAAGUGUGAGAGGUCUUGAUUCUCAUCUUAUGAAAGUAAUGUAUUUAUACAAUGUUAUUGUAUUUGGCAUUCUGAACAGCGGUGCUAGUACCAAACGCAUUUUGGCAAGUUGCAGGCAGCAUGCUACAGUUCCAGUAUCGUACCUCUCAUUGUUUUCUGUUACAAAUAGUCGAGGAAACAUCAUUUGAAAUUUUAAAUGGGUGAGCUCCACUCCGGUGGCAGAUGAACCUCCGUUUGCCUUAUUACAGCUCUUGUGCUUUACAUGACAUUUUUGUACAGACAAUAAAGUUUACAUCCAUCUUUUGCCUAUAUUUAUUAUUGUGGCUACUUUGUAAUAUUUUAAAUUGUAAGGUGUGUAAUGGUAUUGAUGUUUAGUCAUUAUAAACAUAGCUUGGACAAAACAUUGGUAUGUGUUAGCAUAUCAUAGUGUUGACCAGUUUUCGCUAAAUUGACCAGUUUUCCUUUUUCUGAGUCAGCAGUCAGUCAGCAGUAGGCCUACAAUACUUUCCAUUUGCCCAUUGCCCAUUGUCUUACUCUCAGUAAUGAACACUUAAAUAGCUCUUGUCACAAGUUAUAUUGUUGACAUGACAAUUACCAGUGGUGAUAAUCAAUGUUUGCACAAUAUGGUAUAGUAUGGUAAAUUUACAUGGAGCCUCAUAUUCUAUGUCUAAUCGAAUUAACUAGGAAAUCAACUAUUUUUGAUGUAACCACCUCAGUCGGAGCAGAAUAUCCCCUUCGAUUGAAAUUCCAUUCGGUUUGAAAGGCUUGGUGUAAACCUGAUAAUCCGAUCAAUAAGAGAAUGUUACCCAUGUAAACGCUUGAACUGCGAAAUUACAUUGUGAAUAGUUCUGAUUUCGCUGAGCUCCUUGUCGCUUAUGAAUCAAACUUGAUUUGAUUCCAUAUGUCAAUCGCUAUAUAUA